AUGCAAAAGAGCCAAAGCGAAGGCAGCCUAGCAUUCCUGAAGAACUCGAAGGUAGGCUCCGCGACGGGCUUCAUGCUGGCAAACGGCGGCAUCAUCGCCAUUCCGCAUGGCAAGAAAUCCAAAGGGCUCAUAGACUUUGCCAAUCGUUUCAACACGGUUUCUGAAUACCAGGACCGCUUCAGGGAGAUCCCUCACUGCUAUGCGUCAAUGGACAGGAAGCCGCUGAUGCCUUACCAUCCCAACGCGCCACGCUCUCGCCUCGCCUUGGAGGAUGCGCCGGUGCCACUGAAGAAUGCGUCAACCAUCCAGUUCUUGGAUAGGUUUUGCGUCCACAAACGACGCUUUGUGUCGACCCACAAGAAUUAUUAUACCGGUGAGUGUGUAGACAUGCGUAGCAAUCCGGGCAUGAUCGCGGACAGCACCAAGCUGAAGCGUAUGCUCAUGGAGAAGUGA